AUGGACGAAGCAGAAGCUGGGCGUCGCAUGAAAUGGUACAGCAAGUGCAACAGAACAUGGCACACUUACAAGAAAUACACCAUUGGUGUUUCAAGUGUGAACCCUGCAGAAGCAGGUAUGGCGCAGCUAGAGCUGUUUGACUCUCAGCUCGACGUUAGGCACCGUUCGUGCCGCAUCGCCGUGCAGGCUAAGGAGCUCCCAAAACUACGAUCCCGUGUGUCGGAUGAGCUCAUGAGGGUUGACACGCACUGGAUCCUGAGGUUGUGUGCUGCUAGGUUACUUCCGUUGUGUCAGAUGUUGGAGGUGGACGUGUUGGUGGGGGGCUCGGAGGUGCCCACGCGGUUCAGGUACGGCAAGGUCGUGCUCGCAGCCCUUGUCGACAUGUGGCGUCCCGAGACCAACACGUCCCACCUUCCGUGCGGCGAGAUGGCGCCCACGCUUGAGGACAUCUCGCUCCUGAUGGGUCAGCCUUGCACGGGUGCCGCUGUUAGGGCUAGGGACAUGGGCAUGGCAUGGCACGAUGAGCUGCUGGGGUGCUUCUCUGUCGUUCAACGGAGGGAGAACCUAGCCCCAUUCAGGGCUUUUACAGGGACCGAUAAGCACGACCUGACGAAGGCAUUUCUCGUUCAGUUUAUGGUACGAAUGUCUUACGACGAGGACAUGCCCCACCACUUGGAGGUGUACCUCCUGCGGUUUUUUAGUUGGGUCAUGUUCACCGAGACCUAUGGCAACACGGCAUCGAGGAGCAUGAUCUCGUACGCUAGUGUUGUGGACGCUGACCUAGGGGAGGUCCCAAAGAUCGAUGAUCUUGGGACGUAG